UCCUAUUAUAUGUAUGCGUAAGAACUUCAUCAAAGUGCUUCUAAAAAAAGUUCAUCAAAGUGACAAAUCUUUCACUUCAUCCUUCAAAAAACCCAAAAUUCACAAAAACUCAAUUUCCCAUUUUCCAUUUCCUCAGAUGGAAAGCGCAUCAGAACUCGUUGAAUUUCCAUUGCUAUUAACACCAAUCGAUUCUCACUAUCGAGCUUGUACAAUUCCUUACAGAUUCCCUUCUGAUAAUCCUCGAAAAGCCACUCCCACAGAAAUCUCUUGGAUUAAUCUCUUCCUUAACUCCAUACCCUCUUUCAAGAAGCGUGCAGAGAGUGAUACUUCUGUUCCCAAUGCUGCAGAAAAAGCUGAAAAAUUUGCUCAAAGGUAUUCUGAUAUACUUGAAGAUUUCAAGAAAGAUCCCGAAAGUCAUGGUGGUCCACCUGAUUGCAUUGUUCUAUGCAGACUUCGUGAGAUAAUACUUAGAGAAUUGGGAUUCCAAGAUAUCUUUAAAAAAGUCAAGGAUGAAGAAAAUGCAAAAGCCAUUUCCCUGUUUGAGAAUGUUGUUCGUGUUAAUGAUGCCAUUGAAGAUGAAGUCAAGCGAGUUGAGAAUCUAGUUAAGGGAAUUUUUGCAGGAAACAUAUUUGAUCUUGGUUCUGCGCAGCUUGCAGAGGUUUUCUCUAAAGAUGGAAUGUCCUUUUUGGCUAGUUGUCAAAAUCUUGUCACCCGUCCUUGGGUCAUUGAUGAUCUUGAAGCUUUCAAAGUGAAAUGGAUCAAGAAUUCAUGGAAGAAGGUUAUCAUAUUUGUUGAUAACUCAGGUGCUGAUAUUAUUUUGGGUAUUUUACCGUUUGCCAGAGAGCUUCUUCGGCGUGGGAGUCAGGUUGUAUUGGCUGCAAAUGACUUACCCUCGAUCAAUGAUGUGACGUAUUCUGAGCUAGUUGAAAUUAUAUCAAAGUUAAAGGAUGAAGAAGGAAACCUUGUGGGUGUCAGUACAUCAAAUCUUCUAAUUGCCAACUCUGGCAAUGAUUUACCUGUUAUUGAUCUUGCAAGAGUGUCACAGGAGCUUGCUUACCUUGCCAGUGAUGCAGACCUUGUCGUCUUAGAAGGGAUGGGCCGCGGAAUUGAAACAAACCUCUAUGCUCAAUUUAAAUGUGAUUCCCUUAAGAUUGGAAUGGUCAAACAUCCUGAGGUUGCACAAUUUCUUGGGGGUCGUCUAUAUGACUGCGUACUCAAAUACAAUGAAGUUUCAAGUUGAUAAGGUUCAAUUUUUUGGACUAAUAUGCUGCAUAUGUGCUGUUUUCACUAGUUAAUCUCUCAAUUUGAUACUGCAAUAUAUGCCUGAAGCUAGAUUCUCUCUAGAAUGUCUUUUUAUUAUUAAAAAAAGGCGAUACAACCCGGGCAUUUUACUUGUAAUAACAAUGUUAUUGGUUAUAUGUAUAUGACUUCUUCUAUUUAGCACCAAUACGUUAGAUCAAAGCUAUGUCGAGUGUCUGAGAUGUGUUAGUGUCAGAUACCGACAUGAUUGAUGUCUAUAUUCAAUUACUUCUAUUUUUUUUAUAAAACUAUUAUUGGUGUC